AUGAAAUUAUGCUUUUAUCUCUUAUUAGGUUGGGUCUUUACAUGGCCCAUUAUUUAACAAAAUUAAUUCAAAGGGAUUCAUUUUAUCUCAAUGCCUUUUAAUUUAAACACUAAUCAAAUUAAAAUAACAUUGGAUACCUAAUAUAUAGAUGAUAAAAAAUCACAACCUUUUUUAUUUAUUUGCAUCACAUAGCCAACAUAGUCUACAUUUAUGUAAUUACUCUCUGAAGAAAAGUGAGUAUUGAUAUUUUAAUUAGAUGCAUUGUGAAUUGGUUUUCAUAUCAAAUGAAACAAUCAUAAUAUUUUGUCCUACAGAAAUAAUCAAUCAAUAUAAUAAUAUCAAAGUAUUAUCAAAUCUAUUAAUAUAAUGAAUCUUUAUAUAUCGGUUUUCAAUCAACUUAUGAAACUAAUAUCAUUGUAAGAAUAUAAUAAUUAAAUUCCAAUUAAUGCAUUUUGUAAUUAUUAACAAUAUAAAAGGGAUUGUAAAAAUGAAACAGAAUGUAAAUCAUAAUUUUGUAAUUGUAAUCUUGCAUAAAUUGGUUAAGAUUGUAGUAUAAUCAUUGAUGAUCUAACAUAAUAAUAGAUAUUUUAGGGUGGAAAGAUUUAUUAUGUUGAUAUUUAAAAAAUUCUAAAUCAAAACGAAGAAGUUUUAAUAUAAUUUUAAAAUUCAACUUCAUUCUAUGGAUUUUGCAUAACUUAAAAUUUCAAUCUAAACUAAAUCUAGUUAUAAACUAACAAUACAUUAUAUAUUUCAUUAAAUCACAUCAAGGAAUGCUAUAAGAAUAUCAUAGAAUUAAAAGAAUAAUACAAUUCCACCAUAAACUUUUAUUUUCUAGUAUACUUUGAUUCAAAUUAUCUUACUUAUCUUAAGACUUCAAUUUAAGACCCAUAAAAUUACUUUCUAAUUAUAAUUCUUUCUACUACAAUGUCUUCAAUAGCAAUAUGUUUUUUAAUUUGUCUUAUUAAAUCGAAAUGUUAUGCUAAAUAAAAAACAUAAAAGAAUGUUGAUUUUAAAUAUGAUAUGAAGCAUUUUCCAUCCUUAAUAGAAAAGCUCUUUCCAUCUUAAUAAUAUGCAGUGCUUAGAAAUAAAUGUGAAAGAUUCAUAACACUAAAUCAAUGCCUGAUAUGUCUUGAUCCUUUUUAUGAAGAUUCACAUGUAAGAGUCACCUAUUGCAAUCAUAUCUUCCAUACAUCUUGCUUUGAUAAAUGGAUGAAUGUACAUAAAGUAAUGUGAUACUACUUAUCACCAGAGUUGCCCUAAUUGUAGAAGUUCAUUUGACUAAGAAUCCAUGAUUAAAUACUAGAAUUCCAUCAAGAAAAAUUCUGAUAUGCUUUAAUGGAGUAGUAGGACUGAUGAGAUAAAAGUAAACCUGAGACCAUUAAUAAAUGAGACACUACAACAAUAGCCUUAAGCCUCUCAAUUGGAAUCUUUGAGAAACAUUUAAGCUUUUUGA